AUGAGGUCACUUUUUACGAUCACACAGGGCGCUGCAACGUACAAGCUCACGGGCGAAUGGCAUUUGGGACGUCUCGAGGCUGUGCGCAGGAGGAGGCGUAGCUGCAACGACCAGGCCCACAACCAUCGGGGACGCACUACUAACUCCUUUGAAGGGGUGGAAACCGCAAUGGAAGCAGAGGAAAACUAUGCCCGCAGCGCGGCAGCGCUUGUAGAGCGCGCAAGAACAUUUGAUCCGGUGGACGAAAGCUCUACCACUAGUGAGCUGGAAAAAAAAGUUUCACAGCCAACUGAGCAGCAAAGGCCAGCAAACAGCAUGUUGUCAGGGUGUGUGGUUUGGUGCGCCGCGUUCCUCAGGCAUUGA